UCUGCCACUGUUGCUCACUUUCAGUUUGGCCUUUUUCAUCCCAGCUCUACUACCAGGUUUUAAACUUUGCCAUGAUUGUGUCCUCGGCGCUCAUGAUCUGGAAAGGCCUGAUCGUCCUCACGGGCAGCGAGAGCCCCAUCGUGGUGGUGCUGAGUGGCAGCAUGGAGCCAGCCUUUCACAGGGGCGACCUUCUGUUCCUAACAAAUUUCCGGGAAGACCCGAUUAGAGCUGGUGAAAUCGUUGUUUUUAAAGUGGAAGGACGAGACAUUCCAAUAGUUCACAGAGUAAUCAAAGUUCAUGAAAAAGAUAAUGGAGACAUCAAAUUCCUGACUAAAGGAGAUAAUAAUGAAGUCGACGACAGGGGGUUGUACAAAGAGGGCCAAAACUGGCUCGAAAAGAAGGACGUGGUGGGAAGAGCCAGAGGGUUUUUACCAUAUGUUGGUAUGGUCACCAUAAUCAUGAAUGACUAUCCAAAAUUCAAGUAUGCGCUUUUGGCGGUAAUGGGUGCAUACGUGUUACUAAAACGUGAAUCCUAAAAUGAAAAGCAGUUCCUGGGACCAGAUGGAAACAAAUUCUGUUGAAAGAGAGGAAAACUAAUAUAUUUGAAAUGUUCCACUUUCUGUAUAAAAGGAAACAAUGUGAGACGUUUUUGUCUUGUUCGAAUAAAUGAUUCAUCAGUAAAGA